UGCAGGUGGAGACAUGAACUUUCAUCAACUGGUGUCCAUGACAGAAUUUCUUGCAUCGAAUGGGAUACUCUGCCUUAGGUUCACCUGCAAAGGGCUCAACUUAGACUAUAGAAUUAGAGCUUACAGAGCAGUCUUGGUGAGAUUAAUAAUAACUGCACACUGUGCUCCAAGUAGUAUACAGUCGUAGAAUGAUAUUCCAGCUCUUGAACUCAAUGCCAUGAUGGAAGCCAAGAUGCCAUGGGCUUUCUUCAGUACUUUGUCUACUUGUAACACAACUUCCAGGGAACUAUCUACGUUUACUCAUAGAUCUCUGUUUUUUGGAUCCCAUGUGAUCAAAUCUUUCAGACUAGCCUUCGAUGUAGGAACUAGUCAAAAGCCUUGUUCGUGUGGACAACAUCUACUGUCCUGUACCUCUUCAAAUAAUGCAAUAAAUUUUGUGAGGCACUAUUUACCACAUACAAAGCUAUGGUAACUCUCCCUUUUUCAUUCCCAAAUGGAGGUAGAUCCUGUCCUCAGAAUCCCCUUCAGUAAAUUGUAUAAUUUUUAAACAGUUUGUGAGGCUCCAUUUUGGUCACCCUGUUUUAGGAGAGGAGUGGUUAAACUGAAAACUCUGCGGUAGGUAGUUAUGGGGAUGUUGCAAGGAAGGACAUGAUGGUCUGAAUUGUAGGGAGAGGUUAGCCAGGCUACAUCUUUAUUCCUUGGAAUGUAGGAGAGUGAUGGGUUAACUUGUAAAAAUGUUUAAAAUUAUGAAAAGCUUAUAUAAGCUGGAUGGUAACAGUCAGGUGAGUCCAAAACUAGAGGGCAUAGAUUUAGAAUGAGGUGAAAGAUUUAAAAGGGAACCAAGGAGCAAUUUUUUUUCAGCAGAGUAUUUUGAGUAUCUGGAACAAGCUGCAAAAGCAAGUGGCAGAGGAAUGUAUAGUAGUAUAUUGUAAGAAGCACUGUCAAGUCAAGUCACUUUUAUUGUCAUUUCGACCAUAACUGCUGGUACAGUGCAUAGUAAAAAUGAAACAACGUUUUUUCAGGACCAUGGUGUUACAUGACACAGUACAAAAACUAGACUGGACUAUGUAAAAAACAAUACAGAAAAAAACUAUGCUAGACUACAGACCUACCCAGGACUGCAUAAAGUGCACAAAACAGUGCAGGCAUUACAAUAAAUAAUAAACAAGACAAUAGGGCAGUAAGGUGUCAGUCCAGGCUCUGGGUAUUGAGGAGUCUGAUGGCUUGGGGGAAGAAACUGUUACAUAGUCUGGUCUUGAGAGCCCGACUGCUUCGGUGCCUUUUCCCAGACGGCAGGAGGGAGAAGAGAUUGUAUGAGGGGUGUAUGGGGUCCUUCAUAAUGCUGUUUCCUUUGUGGAUGCAGCGUGUAGUGUAAAUGUCCGUGAUGGCGGGAAGAGAGACCCCGAUGAUCUUCUCAGCUGACCUUACUAUCCACUGCAGGGUCUUGCGAUCCGAGAUGGUGCAAUUUCCGAACUGGGCAGUGAUGCAGCUGCUCAGGAUGCUCUCAAUACAACCCCUGUAGAAUGUGAUGAGAAUAGGGGGUGGGAGAUGGACUUUCCUCAGCCUUCGCAGAAAGUAAACCUGGGCUUUCUUUGCAAUGGAGCUGGUGUUGAGGGACCAGGUGAGAUUCUUUGCCAGGUGAACACCAAGAAAUUUGGUGCUCUUAACUAUCUCUACCGAAGAGCCAUCAAUGUUCAGUGGAGAGUGGUCGCUCCGUGCCCUCCUGAAGUCAACAACCAUCUCUUUUGUUCACAUUCAGAGACCGGUUGUUGGCUGUGCACCAGUCCGUUAGCCGCUGUACCUCCUCUCUGUAAGCUGACUCGUCGUUCUUGCUGAUGAGACCCACCACGGUCGUGUCAUUUGCGAACUUGAUGAUGUGGUUCGAGCUGUGUGUUGCAGCACAGUCAUGGGUCAGCAGAGUGAACAGCCGUGGACUGAGCACACAGCCCUGGGGGGGCCCUUGUGCUUAGUGUGAUGGUGUUGGAGAUGCUGCUCCUGAUCCGGACUGACUGAGGUCUCCCAGUCAGGAAGUCUAGGAUCCAGUUGCAGAGGGAAGUGUUCAGGCCCAGUAGGCUCAGCUUUCCAAUCAGUUUCUGAGGGAUGAUUUUGUUGAAUGUUGAACUGAGGUCUAUGAAAAGCAUUCGAACGUACAUAUCUUUUUUGUCCAGGUGGGUUAGGGCCAGGUGGAGGGUGGUGGCAAUGGCGUCAUCUGAUGAGUGGUUGGGACGGUACACAAACUGCAGGGGGUCCAGUGAGGGGAGCAGCAGGGUCUUGAUGUGCCUCAUGUCGAGCCUCUCGAAACACUUCAUGAUGAUGGAUGUGAGUGCAACGGGACAGUAGUCAUUGAGGCAGGACACUGAAGACUUCUUCAGCAUGGGGACAAUGGUGGCGGCCUUGAAGUACAUUGGAAUGGUGGUGCUGCUCAGGGAGAUGUUAAAGAUAUCAGUGAGAACAUCUGCUAGCUGGUCUUCACAUCCUCUGAGCACUCUACUAGGAAUGUUGUCUGGUCCAGCAGCCUUCUGUGGGUUGACCCUGCAUAGGGUUCUUCUCACAUCGGCCGCAGUGAGACACAGCACCUGGUCAUUUGCAGGAGGGAUGGACUUCCUCGCCGCCACGUCAUUUUCCACCUCAAAACGGGCGUAGAAGUUAUUCCACGCAUCUGGGAGGGAGGCAUCACCUGCACAGUCAGGUGAUGUUGUCCUGUAAUUGGUGAUGUCCUGGGUAUGUUUGUGCAGGAGUGAGACUUAGAGGGAUAUAGACCAAUUUGCAGGACAUUGUGGCUUACUGUGUGGGCAUCUCGUCAGUGUGGACUCGGGUUAAAGAGCCUUUAUCCAUGCUGUAUUGCUCUAUGACUCUCUAACUUUCCCACCACCAAUGUCAGGCUCACUUUCCCAGCCCUGUCCUUGAAUAAAGAUAUAACAUUAACAAUCCUACUAUUCCAGAUCCUCAUAUGUGGUUAAAUAUGAUGCAAAUAUAUCUUCCAGGGACCCUGUGAUUUCUAGCUUCCCACAAUGUUCUAGGAAACUCUUGAUCAGGUCCAGGGAUUUAUCCACCUAAACCUACCUUAAGACCUCUAGUAUCUCCUCUGUUGUAAUGUUCCAGUACAAACUGUUUACUUCUCUUAAUCCCUUAGCUUACAUGACUUCGGCAUGGUCAAAGCAGACGAGAAAUAUUUACUUAACACCUUAUUUGGUAAUGAAUAAGAUAGACUAGUCAGAAUUGUAGAUAAAGUAUUUCAUAAAUUAAUUGGUUAGAGUAAUAUAAAGCAGAGUAAAAUUCCAUAAAUAGGCCAGUAAAAUGGUUUGAUGAGUAUUCAAAAAAAUAUAAUGCAGUUUUUAUUUGAUUUAUUGUCAUCUCCAUGUACCUUGCCUAACUUAGACUGGAAAUUUACAUGAGGAAUUUUACACUUCCAAUAGCAACUUAGAUCCUUGGCAAUAAUAUAUUGCAGGAAGGGGUCACUUGUGGAGUAGACGUGUGUCCGGGAAGCUGUGCCUACCUCACCCAAAUAGCAGCUAAUUCUAUUUCUUAAGUGACUGAAGUGAACUGUAAUGGGCUGAACAAAAUGACGAAGCCAGGUAAAGGGAGGGAACAAGAAAAGGGUGCAGGAGAAGAAGAUUCUGGCGUGGGCUCUGCGAAGCUCGCGGGCCCAGGAGAAGCUAAAGCCAAUGCUGCUCGGGCCCUGGUCCCAGCUACCAUUGAAGAAGUCCUUGAGGCGGUAAACAAACUGUACAGUUUGGUAGACGGGAGACAUGCAGAGUACAAUAAGUCAAUUGUGAACUUAACAGUGGCUCUAACCGAGGUCAGUAAGCAUGUUUCUUUAAUGGAGGAUGCUGCCGAAUCAUAUGAGAGAAGAAUCAAAGAGUUGGAGAGGUGGCUUGGAAGUCUAAUAUCCCAAAACACGCAGCUACAGGCUAAGGUGGAUUACCUUGAAGCCCAGUCUCGCCGUCAAAACAUUCGCAUUAUCGGGGUUCAGGAGAAAGCCGAAAAUAAUAAGCUGACGGAUUUUGUAGCUACGUUGCUUCUGAAGUUGCUGGGGGAAGAACAUUUCCAUCAGCUGAUUAAAGUGGACCAUGCCCACAGGCGCCUAGCACCUGCUAAAAAUGGUAGGCCAAGAGCUAUUAUUGCGAGGCUACACCAUUUCAGGUUAAAGAGCUGGUGCUACAGUUGCAGGGAGAGAGCUCCACUGCUAUAUGACAGGCGUCCGGUGUUCACUUACCUGGAUUUAACCUCGGCAACCAUGAGGAAACGUCAAGAUUUUCAGCACGUUGAGGAGAAAUGUAAAGCAAGGAAAAUUAGGUGUGGAUUCCAGUAUCCGGCGAUGUUCGUGGUUACAGUUAACAAUAGCACCAGUACAUUCAGCACUGCAGCCAUAACGGAGGAGUUCCUGAGCCGAGAAGUUAAAGAUUGGCAUUUGGACACCGUAUAAACCUAAAAACGGAUUAACCCUGGAUUACUGGAUUCGUCGUUGAUCGAUAGCAGCUUCAUCUGGAGAUUUAUGUUCAGCGCAUGAGGAACUGAAAAAUAAGCUCACAAUAAGAUGUGGGUGAGGACUGAUUGUUAUUGUUUAUUUUUAUAUUUCAUGGUGUAUUUGUGAAGAGGUGUUUCUCCUGUGUUUAGUGAGUAAUGGGUAGGUAUCUUGCUAUUCCGGGCCAUGUGUUGGCCCGUGAAUAUAGCUUUAACUCUAGGUUAAGGGUAUGGAAUUACUAUUCCUGGUGUGUUUUUUAUUUUUGGGAGGGUUUUUUGUGUUUCUCAAGGGGUUGUUACAGCACAUCUAUUUGUUUGAGUUACAGUUUGCGUUAGGCCGCGACCAUACUGCAUAUUUUUUUUGUUAAGCAGCAGAUAUGACAUCUAAUUUGCAUAUUCACAGCACUGGUGAGGCUAAGCUUGUCAGCUGGAAUGUACGGGGGGAUGAAUAGUGGGAAGAGAGGGAAAGUGUAUACACAUCUUCGUACACUCAAAGCUGAUGCUUGUUUUCUCCAAGAAACGCACAUUAAGAAAACAGCGGCGAAAGUGCUUUGUCCCUCCUGGGCAUCUCAGGUCUACCAGUUGAACUUUAGUACUAAAACUAGAGUUGUUGCAAUCCUAAUAAGAAAAACCAUACUUUGUUCACACACAAACUAUCGCGGACCAGAGGGGUAGAUAUGUAAUAGUAAGUGGAAUAUUAAAUUCUAUACCAUUGACUCUAGUAAAUGUGCACAGGCCCAACUUUGAUGAUCCAUUUUUUAAUUUAGAAUCUCUUUAAGGCCAUGCCUAAUCUAUCUGACUCUAACAUAAUUGUAGGUGGAAACUUUAAUGGCAUCUUAAACUACCUCCUAGAUAGACAACGUCCCCAAGUUAGUUCAUUUAAAAAUAGUGUAACACUUAAUAAUCUCAUGCAAUCGUAUAACAUAGUGGAUAUUUGGAGGCUUCUUAAUCCCACAAAGGAGGAUGUUUCAUAUUUCUCCACAGUACGUAAAUCCUACUCUAGGAUUGAUUAUUUUCUGUUAGAUUCGAAAUUGGUCUCAUCAGUAGUUGGUUGCACUUACCAUAAUAUACUUAUAUUAGAUCGUACUCCUGUCUCCCUUAUAGUGAACCAUAAAUACUGAACCAUAAAGGUGAAUAUAGUUGGUGGUUAAUUAAUGCUUUGCUAAAGGAUAAGGAUUUUUGCUCUUAUCAUUUAGAUAAGAUAGAUCUAUACUUAAGCACCAAUGAUGUGGGCGAUGUUGAUGAUUCCACUCUUUGGGAGGCCAUGAAGGCGGUUAUUAGAGGUUGCAUAAUAGCAUAUGAGACAGCAGAAAAAAGAAGAUUCAAGAAAAUGUUAACUGAAAUAGAUGAUCAGUUGGCAAAUCUGGAAGCCUCUUAUAAAAUAAACCAGGAAGCAGAAUUACUUAAUGAGAUUACUGCCUUAUGGUAUGAUAUAAUUGUAUAAUGUCCAAGAGUGUUGCAAAACUACUGACACAAUUCAUUCAGAGGUAUUCUGAGCUUGGUGAAAAGCCCCAUAAGUUAUUAGCCCGUCAGUUAAGACAGAUGCAGGCCUCCAGGGCCAUACAUCGUAUAAAGGCAAAAGAUGGCUUUUUAUUGACAGACCCAGAAAAAAUUAAUAAGUGUUCUGCGGAGCUCUAUGUUAGUGUUUACCAAUCACGAGGAGGUCCAGAUGUUGAAGUUAUGGAAGCUUUUUUGAUAAUCUGAAUCUGCCCGCGCUGUCAACAGAUUCAGUAAAUACACUUGAUGCUGAUAUAAGCCUAGAUGAGAUCAAGAAUGUCAUCUCUUAACUCCCUAAUAAUAAGACAGUGGAUCUGGGUGGUUUUAGCAUGGAAUUUUUCAAAGUUUUUGGUCCAAAAUUGUCACCUCAGCUCUUAUGUACAUUGAAUCAGUCCAGGACAGCUUCCAGAUUGCCACCUACAUAAUGUAAAGCCAAUGUUUCUCUGAGUCCAAAACUAGGCCGUGAUCCCGAAGUGGUUUCAUCAAAUCGCCCCAUUUCACUGCUGCCCAUUGAAACCAAAAUUCUUGGGAAAGUCCUGGCCAAUAGGUUAAAAGAAUGCAUUUGUUCUAUUAUUCAUCCAGGUCAAACUGGCUUUAUGCCAGGUAGACAUAUGCAUUUUAAUUUGCGUUGUCUUUUCAAUAUUUUAUAUACAAAACAUGCAGAAAAGGCUGUAGUCAUUUCAUUAGAUGUGCAACAUGCAUUUGACGAAGUGGAAUGGCCAUAAAUGAUGUUUGCACUUAAGGAAUUUGGAUUUGGACCAUCUUUCAUCAAAUGGAUUGAGAUAAUUUUUUCACACCCAUCUGCCUCUAUUAUCACUAAUCAGAAUAUUUCCUCCCCUUUUGCUAUUCAUUGUGAAGGCUGCCCCCUUUCUCUGUUUUUGUUUGCAGCUAUCAUUGAGCCACUGGCUGUUAGCAUCAGACAGGACCCUUUGAUAUCUCCCAUUGAUAUGCAUGGACAUAAACAUCAGCUUUCGUUAUACGCUGAUGAUGUCCUCUUAUACAUCUCCAGCCCAGGUACAUCAAUAUCUGCCCUUCUGACUCUUAAUUAAUAAUUUUGGUAGUUUCUUAGGUUUCUGUAUUAAUUGGGAUAAGAGUGAACUAAUGCCAGUCACUGUAGUGGUUAAUACAGCAUAUGUACAGUCCAUUCCCCUUAAAAUAACUUGUGAUAAUUUUUCCUGUCUUGGUAUGUCUAUUACAAAAAACCCAGAUGACCUUUUGCAAGUGAAUUGGCGUAGAAGCCAUAUUGACUUUUGGAAAACCCUUCUAAUUUCUUUGGUGUGGAGGGGUAACGCAAUCAAGAUGAUUGUACUGCCACAAUUUCUUCAUCUUUUCCAGUCAAUUCCAUGUUUUAUUCCUCUGUUAUAUUUUAAGCAAUUGGAUUCAAUUAUUAUACCCUUCAUUUGGAAUUAUAAAGCCAUAAGAAUUACUGAAAAACACUUGUCAAAGCCCAAGGAAACAGGUGGUUUUGCCCUACCAGAUGUUAAAAUGUGUUACUGGGCUGCCCACCUAUCCAUUCUUGCAUAGUGGGAAAAAAGCCCACCCUCUACCUCAGACUCAUGCCCAGCAUGGUUACUCAUAGAGAAAGUGCUUCGUAAGAAGACUUCCUUAUCUGCUCUCCUUAAUAGCCCCACUGCAGUUAAUAAGUCACAUUUUAGUAACAGCUUUGUGGUUGGCAGCACUAUAAGAAUUUGGAAGUAGAUUCAACUACACAUUAAGGCCCCAAAAACUUAUAUUGACACUCCGAUUUGUGACAAUCAUUCCUUUUUGCCUGGCCUGAAUGAUUCUGUUUGUUCGUCCUGGAAACAGAGUAGCAUCUGUAGUGUAGGUGACCUAUACGUUAAUGGAAACUUUGCCUCAUUUGUGCAGUUACAAGCAGUUUACAAUAUCCCUGCAUCUAGUUUUAGAUAUUUACAAAUUUGAGAUUAUGUUAGGAAAUAUAUACCUAAUUUCAAAGUUUUAGACAAACAUGAGUCCCUGGAGGCAAUAAAUAAAUUUGAUUUGGUUACUUGUAGUGCUGUAUCAGAUCCUACAUAAUAGAGCUCGGGUGAAUACUGCAGAUCUUAAACAGGCAUGGGUGGAUGAAUUGGGUAUAGAACUGACAGAGGAGGUCUGGGAUGAGUGUUUAAAGAGUAUACAUGAUUGUUCAGUCAACAUCAGACACAGACUUGCACAGUUUAAAACAUUACAUAUACUCCAUUAUUCCAAAGAAAAGUUGCACAGCUUCUACCCUGAUGUUUCACCAGUUUGUAAUAGAUGUAAAUCUGAGAACAGUAACUUUUCACAUUCAUUCUGGUCAUGUUUUAAGCUUUAUGCAUACUGGAAGUUUUUUUUCACAGUUUCUCUGAGGCUUAUGGGAAGCGGUGGGAACCAAGCCUGCUCAUAGCCAUCCUUGGAGCAACAAGCUCCCUAUCUUCAGCCAAUAAAUAUGAAAAAGUGGCUGUAUUGUUUGGAAUGAUGAUUGCUAAGAAGUUAAUACUGCAAAUGUAGAAAAUGGAUGUGCCUAUGUAUGAUCAGUGGCUGAGAGAACUGGCAAAUACUUUACAUUUGGAGAGACUGAGACUAUGUAAUGAGGACAGAGGGGACAUCUUUGAAAGGAUAUGGGGCCCUGUAUUGGGCUUUCUUACGGGGUGAGGACUGAGGUUUUCUGGUGCGAUGCACCUCCGCUGUGUAUGUUUACUUUCGACUUUAUAUUUUUCUCCCUUUUGCUGCUCAAUAUUUAAUUUGAUUAAGGUCGUGGUUUUUGUGAAUAUGCUGUAUUAUUUUGUUUAUUUGGAAAAAAAGAAUAAAAAUAUUGAA